UCUCAACCUAACAGUUACCUUGUAUACAAUACUUAGCAGCUCUUCAUCUUCAUCCCUUGCGAACACUUAGUGUAGUACUCCGCAACGAGACCCAUUGGUGCGAGCUGUUCUGUUGCGUUGUCCAAGACAGUUCACCGCGUCGGUCUGCAUACCUUAGCGUCCAACCCCUCGUCUCCUCCCUAGGUCAACGGUGACCUGCGUCCGACUCGCAUCAAAACACGAAAUACUAAUCGACCAGGACAAACGGAAAAAAGCAAACGAAAAGAGCCUGAUCUCGACUCGUCAUUGUCGAGUGCAACAGUCCCAUCACCAUGUCGCUACAGAUUCCCUCCCGUCCGGGGGUCAAGUCCCAAGAGGCUACCACCAAAGCCGUCAUCUUGGUCGGCGGCCCUUCCCGCGGCACCCGAUUCCGACCGCUGAGUCUCGACGUCCCCAAGCCGCUCUUCGAGGUGGCCGGCCACCCGAUCAUCUGGCACUGCCUCGCCGCCAUCGCCCGCGUCCCCGACAAGAAGAUCUCCGAGGUGCUCAUCAUCGGCUACUACGACGAGUCGGUCUUCCGCGACUUCAUCAAGGACUCGACCAAGGAAUUCCCGGGGCUGGCCAUCAAGUACCUGCGCGAGUACGAGGCCCUCGGCACGGCCGGCGGGCUCUACCACUUCCGCGACGUCAUCCUCAAGGGCGGGCCGGACCGGCUCUUCGUGCUCAACGCCGACGUGUGCUGCUCGUUCCCGCUGGCCGAGAUGCUGCGGCUCUUCGACGAGAAGGACGCCGAGGCCGUCAUCCUGGGCACCCGCGUGUCCGACGACGCCGCCACCAACUUCGGCUGCAUCGUCAGCGACGCCCACACGCGCCGCGUGCUGCACUACGUCGAGAAGCCCGAGAGCCGUAUUAGUAACUUGAUCAACUGCGGCGUCUACCUCUUCUCCACCGACGCCAUCUUCCCGUCCAUCCGCACCGCCAUCAAGCGCCGCAACGACCGGCCCCCGCGCCUCGUCUCGUACCCGUCCUCCGAGAACCUCGAGAGCAGCUUCAUGCUAUCGGCCGCCGCCGCCGCCGCAGCAGCAGCAGCAGCCGCCGCCGCGGGCGACGGCGACGACGACGACGACCACCGCCGCAACGAGGUGAUCCGGCUCGAGCAGGACAUCCUCUCCGACAUGGCCGACACGAAACACUUCUUCGUGUACGAGACCAAAGACUUUUGGCGCCAGAUCAAGACGGCCGGGUCGGCGGUGCCGGCCAACGCGCUGUACCUGCAAAAGGCGUGGCAGCAGGGGUCGUCGGAGCUGGCGCCGCCCAGCGCGGCGGUCCUCCCGCCCGUGUUCAUCCACCCGACCGCGACGGUGGACCCGACCGCCAAGCUGGGCCCCAAUGUUUCGAUCGGCCCUCGCGUCGUGGUGGGGCCCGGGGUGCGGAUCAAGGAGUCCGUCGUGCUGGAGGAUUGCGAGAUCAAGCAUGACGCCUGCAUUCUCUAUUCCAUUAUCGGCUGGGGGAGCCGUGUGGGCGCGUGGGCGAGGGUUGAGGGUACGCCCAUGCCGGCGACGAGCCAUAGUACGAGUAUCAUUAAGAAUGGUGUCAAGGUGCAGAGCAUCACCAUUCUUGGCAAGGACUGCGGUGUGGGCGAUGAAGUGCGCGUGCAGAACUGCGUCUGCCUGCCUUAUAAGGAGCUUAAGAGGGAUGUCGCUAACGAAGUCAUCAUGUAAUGCUCCUUUUCCCACCCUUUCCCUAUCACACGAAUGCACCCUGAGCAGCAACAAAAGUCCGGUCCAUGUAUGGGACCCAUCCUGGUGGACAUUAAUGUCUUUGCGUUACUUGGAGGAGGUUGGCUUGGCCAAAAGCGACAUGUUCAUUUGGUCCUCAUCGGCUUGAGGAGGUAG